AUGUCAGUGAUCAUUGAUUCUGUCGCGUUUAAGAGGCGACUUCAUCUACUGCAACGUACCCUCAAGGAUAGCAAAUCGUUUGGAGGUGUGUCGUGCAUCGUCACUGCCUUGGGGAAAGGUGAUUCCGAGACCCAGGGCCAGUGGACUUCGAUGCUGCACAUCUGGCUUUUGGGGUAUCCGUUUGCCAACACCGCCAUCACCAUCAGUCCGCAAAAGUGUGUGAUCAUCACGUCGGCAAAGCAAGCCAAACACCUUGACGGCAUCAAAUCGGCUAGCGUGGAGCUACGUAUUCGCUCGAAGGAUCCCGAGGAAUCUCGCAUUUUAUAUAAGGAGAUGCUUGACCAGUUUGUUCCCAACGAGUCUUCCUUUGGUGUAUUUGCUGAUGAUACUGCCGUUAGUCUUAUUGCGGCUGCGUGGAAAGAAGAACGCGAAGCCGCAGUUGCCCGCGGUGCAAAGUCUGUGAACGUCUCCAAGGCCUUCGAUGAGUUGCUGGCAAACAAAGACGAGGAUGAGCUUCGAGCAAUUCGUACGGCAGCAAAGGCCAGCAUGGGUGCUAUGACGCAGUACUUUGCCGAUGAAAUGACCACAAUUAUCGAUGAGGAAGCAAAGAUCACUCAUGCCGAUUUCAGUGAAAAAGUUGCUGCGGUCAUCGAUAAUGCCAAGCUGUUCCGUAAAAUGAAACUAGGUGCAGAGUUUGAUGCAGCUUUGAUCGAUUGGUCGUAUCAACCUAUCAUUCAGUCUGGUAACAACUUUGAUCUAAGCUCUGAUGCGAAAUCCGACAAAAACCUUUUACAGGCCGGCAUCAUUUAUUGUUCUUUGGGCCUUCGCUACAAGUUCUACAGCUCAAGUAUUGCUCGAACCUACUUGAUUGAUCCGUCAAAGGAGCAAGAGCAGAGCUAUUCCAUGCUGCUUGCCACUGAAAAACGCGUUCUCACUGCUAUUCGCGAGGGUGCAAAAUGCUCCGAUGCGUUCAAGGCUGCGAAGGCUUAUUUGAGCGAGAAAGAACCUAGUUUAGUGUCUCAUCUUGCCCCUAGCGUUGGCUAUGGCGUUGGUGUCAAUCAUCAUGAUAGGUUGUUUGAACUUUCAGAGGAUAAUGAUCGUGCUUUGCAAGACGGUAUGACACUGGUUAUUCAGAUUGCGUUUACCGAUCUCAAAGACAGCGGUGAGGAUAGUAAGCCAUACAUGCUUUGUGUUGCCGAUACUAUUCGUGUUACUAGCGACAUCCCAAUUGUGUUCACUGAUGCUCCCAAAUCUCGCGAUGUUGUUUCGUUCUAUUUCAAACAGGAGGAAGAGGAGCCCACAAAGCGCGAACGCAAGCCUGUUCAGUCAAGUUCAAAUGGUCGGUCUAUGCGUUCUGAGCGCCAGCGUGAACAGGAAGAGAGUGCUGAAGCUCGUAUACUUGCUCAUCAGGCUGAACUGAAACAGCGUCUUCAAGAGCGUGGUGUCGAAAAGUAUAGUGACAUCUCUCAACAACAGGGGGCCGACGAGAACAAGCGGGAGUUCAAAAAAUACGAGUCGUACAAGCGAGAGACCCAGCUGCCCCCUGCAGUUAAAGAUCUGCGUAUCAUGGUUGACAACCGUUCCCAGACAAUCAUUGUUCCUAUUUCUGGCCGGCCUGUUCCUUUCCAUAUUAAUGCCUACAAAAACGGAUCCAAGAACGAAGAAGGUGAGUACGUCUAUCUCCGACUGAACUUUAGUACGCCCGAUACUAUUGUCAAACGUGACGAAGCGUUUGAGAACCCGUAUGCGCAGUUCCUUAAGAGUAUCACUCUACGAAGCCGUGACGCCGAGCGUAUGAAUGAUACGUUUAAGCGUAUUCAGGAGAUGAAACGUGAAGCCACUCGUCGUGAGCAGGAACGUAAAGAGCUGGCAGAUGUCGUGCAACAGGACAAGCUUUCCGAAGUGCGUGAUCGCCGUCCGCAACGCUUGGAGCCUGUCUUUGUGCGUCCUACUCCCGAGGGCAAACGUGUUGCUGGCUCCCUUGAAAUUCAUAAGAAUGGUGUCCGUUACCAGUCUCCAUUGGGUAAAGAGCAGCAAGUUGAUGUUCUGUUCAGCAAUGUGGACAGUCUUUUCUUCCAACCGUCUGAUCAUGAAUUAAUUGUUCUUAUUCAUAUUCAUCUGAAGAACCCUAUUAUUGUUGGUAAGAAAAAGACUAAAGACAUUCAGUUCUACCGGGAUGCUACCGACAUGUCUUACGAUGACACAGGCAACAAAAAGCGUCGGUAUCGCUAUGGUGAUGAGGACGAACUGGAACAGGAACAGGAAGAACGACGUCUCCGAGCUACUCUGAACAAGGAGUUUAACAAUUUUGCUGAGCAAAUUGCCAAGGCUUCGAACGGUAAGCUAGCAGUUGACAUUCCUUUCCGUGAACUGGGGUUCACUGGUGUGCCCUUCAGAUCGAACGUUUUGUGUCAGCCCACUACGGACUGUCUCGUUCAACUUGUGGAUACGCCGUUUUUGGUUGUUCGUCUCGACGAGGUUGAGCUCGUGAGCUUGGAACGUAUACAGUUCGGUCUUCGUCAAUUCGAUAUGGUGUUUAUCUACAAAGACUACAGCAAACCGGUUACACACAUCAACAGUAUCCCGGUCAGCCAGCUCGACUCGAUCAAAGAUUGGUUGAACGAGAUGGACAUUCCUUUCUAUGAGGGACCAGUCAAUUUGACAUGGCCACAAGUUAUGAAGACAGUCACCAGUGAUCCUCAUGAGUUCUUUGAGUCUGGUGGUUGGUCGUUCUUGGCCAAUGAUGAAGAGGAUGCUGCAGAGGAGGAAGUUCCUGAGGAAGAGUCCGAGUUCGAGGUCACUGACGAUGAGCCCGAAGACGAAAGUGACUCCUACGCUGAGGAGGAGUCUGAAGACCUUUCGGAGAACUCCUUCUCUGGCGAAGACGACUCCGGCGAGGAUUGGGAUGAUAUGGAAGAGGAGGCUGCACGCGAAGAUCAACGUAAAGAAGAUCGACGGGGCCGCCGUUAG